AUGUUCCUGUCCACUCCCGUGGCUGCUUUUAGCCAUUGGACAGACAGGACCAAGAUCAGUUGGGAAUCCCAUCAAUCUUCCAGUGCCCAGGCCCUCAGGCAGCACCACCUCCCGGUCCCCGGGCCCUCAGGGAGCACUGCCUCCCGGUCCCCGGGCCCUCAGGCAGCACUGCCUCCCAGUCCCCGGGCCCUCAGGGAGCACUGCCUCCCAGCCCCCGGACCCUCAGGCAACACUGCCUCCCAGCCCCCGGACCCUCAGGUAGCACUGCCUCCAAGUUCCCGGGCCCUCAGAAAGCACUGCCUCCCAGUUACAGGCCUUCAGGCAGCACUGCCUCCCAGCCCCCGGACCCUCAAUCAGCACUGCCUCCCAGCCCCCGGACCCUCAGGCAGCACUGCCUCCAAGUCCCCGGGCUCUCAGAAAGCACUGCCUCCCAGUCCACAGGCCUUCAGGCAGCACCGCCUCCCAGUUCACAGGCCUUCAGGCAGAACUGCCUUCCAGCCCCUGGGACUCAAGCAGCACCGCCUUCCAGUCCCAGGUCACUCAGGCAACACUGCCUCCCAGCCCCCGGACCCUCAGGCAGCACUGCCUCCAAGUCCCCGGGCCCUCAGGCAGCACCGCCUCCCAGUCCACAGGCCUUCAGGCAGCACUGCCUCCCAGUCCACAGGCCUUCAGGCAGCACUGCCUCCCAGUUCACAGGCCGUCAGGCAGAACUGCCUCCCAGUUCACAGGCCUUCAGGCAGCACUGACUCCCAGUUCACAGGCCUUUAG